UUUAUUCAAUGCUGAUUGUGUAAACGCAUUUUUUAUAAAUUGCAAUUUGCAUUUUCUUGAAUUUCAUUGAAAGCAUUUCACAAUUAACAACUUUAGUGAGUUUUUUCCAAUAUGUAUACGGUGUUCCGUCGAAGUGGACUAAUAAAUAGUGUGAAACAAAGUCAAUACAUCAGUAAUCGAAAUGCCGGUUAUAUUGUCUUAGUUCCUGAGAUCGGAGAAGAUACACAUGCUGCUGAAGGUGUAUUGAAACCAGAUGGAUUGCCAGCAUUUAAUGAUAUAACUAUUGAAAAUUGCUUGGGAGCUAUAGGACAACAGGCAGGUUUGGUGGAGAAAACUGUGAAAAACUUUGAAAAUGAUAUUCAGGACAACAAAGUAAAUGUCAGCAAUCUAAGAGGCAUCUUCGAAGAAUUGGAUAAAGUGGCUGGACCUCUGGACACCACGUGGGGUAUAGCUAAAGCACUUUAUCUAGGUAAUAGUACUCUGAUACCUACCAAAUCCUAUAUGAAUAUCCAUGAACGUGCACGUAUUGCACGCGCUUCCAAGUACAAUAGUAAAGUAUUAUAUGAUGCACUUUCCCAACAAGAAGGCAAUGUGCAAGGUGUGGAGGCUCGAUUGUUACAACGUUUCUUAUUGGAGGGAAAAUUAAAUGGACUCACUCACACAGAGGAUAAAAGGGAGACCCUCAGAGAUAUUCUUGUACAAUUAGGCAAAGAACGUGCCAGCUUUAAAAAUAAAGUUAACAUGGCUGUACAUACGUUUGGACAUACCAUUAAGGACUAUAACCUUGUUCGUGAUUUCCCCGUGACGCUAUUGGAAGCAAUAUGUAAGGAUUCAACCUCAUUAACUGAAGGUCCCUGGAAAAUAACUUUACAACCACAAAUUGUGGAAGGAUUUCUAAAAUACUGCCCAGACCGUAUGCAACGUUGGAACGUGUGGCAAGCGAAUAUGCGUAAAGCGUCUGGUCAACAAGAGCGGAGUCUUGAGAAUAGUACGCAUUUGCAGGGUAUACGAGCUCUUAGGAAACGACAGGCAAACUUGUUAGGUUAUCCAAAUUACGCAGCGAUGUCGAUGCAGACCAAGAUGAUUAAAAGUGUAGACAAUUUAAAACAGGUAUUCGCAAAUCUUGUGAAGUUUGCUGGACCUGCUCAGUCAACAGAAAUUGAGCAGUUGCAAAACUUUGCAAUUGAAAGCGGAUUUCAGAACAAAUUGGAUGUAUAUGAUGUUGCAUACUGGCAACGCAAACAUCUAAUAGCUAACCAUCAAUUAAAUGAGGAACAGCUACGAGAAUAUUUCCCAUUACCAAACGUAUUCACCGGACUUUUUAAAUUAAGUGAGAAUUUGUUCAAUAUUCGUAUUGUUGAACGUCAAAAUGUUGAGGUUUGGCAACCGGCUGUAAAGUACUACGAUGUAUUCGAUAAUAGCGCCGGUGGUGGUGUAUCGCCGAUCGCUGGCUUUUACAUAGACUGCUACUCUAAGGAGAAUAAGUUCGGUAAAAAUAAUGGCUGGAUGGUGAGCAUACGAAAUCGAAACCCCUCAGCUGAGCUGACGCCUUUAUGUGCAUUAAUCUUUAACUUUACGGAACCUUUACAAGGAACACCAUAUUUACUAAAUUUCGACGAUUUAAAUAUGGUUUUCAAGACCUUCGGUUCAGCUUUACAACACCUUCUUACGAAAGCGCCAUACACAGACCUUGCCGGCCUUUCAAACAUCGAAUGGGAUGCUUCCCAAGUGGCGGGGAAUGUGAUGUGCAAUUUUCUUGAUAACCCAGCCAUAUUAAAGGAGCUUUCCAAACACUACACAAGUAAUGAGGCUAUAUCGGAUGACGUCUUACAAAAAAUACAUUUAUUAAAAACUAGCCUAGCUGGAUACAAUUUGUGUCAAGAGCUUUACAUCGCAGAUUUGGAUAUUGAAUUACACCAAUCCGACGCAUUUUGGCUGGAUGUAGUUAAAAAGCUGUGGCCUGUCUAUCAGUGCAUGCCUCUAGACAAAAAAGACGCGCACCCUUGUUCUUUGACGGAAAUAUUCUCUGGCGACUGGGGCGCUGCACAAUUCAGUCACCUGUAUUCGAAAGUGAUAGCUGCUGACAUUAGUUCCGAAUUUGCAGACAAGUCACCAGCUGAAAUGACGACGACGGGCCAACGCUUCAAGGAGACUUUCCUAGCGCUAGGUGGUUCCGUGCCUACAGCAGAAGUAUUUCGCCGUUUUCGCGGUCGUGAUCCGUCAGUGGAAGCGCUCCUCAAGUCCUUAAACAUACUGAAUAAAACACAAACUACUGGCGAUUUAUAGGUUACACUAUGUACAGCAUAAGUAGUGUGACACAAUCACUUCUGCUUUGUUUAUAUACAUAUGUAUGCCUUUAUGUAUAUAUCUUAUUUUUUAAUUGUCUGCGCAAUAGGAUUGUUGUUAAUUUUUAUUAAUAAUCACACAUAUGAACAUAAAAUGCCAAUUCAUAGCAAGAUAAUUUGUUGGAUAGACAAGCGUAAGCCGUGAAAAAUGUUCUGCACCAAAACAGCUGAAUAGCUUUAGAAACCAUUUGUUGCACUUUCCCCAUUACAUAUAAAGUAAUAAUGUUUAAAAGAAAUGAUGGUAAAAUUAUGUUUGUGUUCACUGUGAUGAAAAAAUAUACGAAUAAAAAAACAAAACUGGAGGAAACACUUUAA